AUGGGGUUUCACGUGACUGUGAUGCUGCUUGUUGCGGCCAUUCUUGCAACCACUGAUGCAGCCCUCCGACCAGACCGACUCAACUCGCUUCGUUUGACUCAUAAAGACGAUCCUGUUCAAAGAGACAAUCCGGACAGUACCAGCGACGACGAAGAGAGGGGGCGACGUACUACGGCACUUGUGCUUUCUGUCAUCCGAGCGUCCGUGGCGAAGUGCAAACCACAACUACUUACUGAGAUCGUGGCGGGGAUGCAGAAACCUCCGAAAGAGGUCCGUGCUUUGGUUCGUCGCGACAAAGCAACAGCGAUGGAGAUUUUCAAGCACCAACCCUGGGUCAGCUACUUCAAGUACGCUCGCAGGCGCAAGAAGCGAGUGGCUAUCGUAUCGACAUUGGCAGAGCGUUUUGGUGACAGAGCGCUGGCUUCGAAGAUUAUCGCGUUGAAAGGCGCCAAGAUUAAGGCCCUGAAGAGACUUGCAGCCAGUGCGCAGGCUACGCAGGUACACAUCUGGACAAAGCAGAGAAAAUCGGCUGAAGACGUCUUCCGCUUCCUCAAUCUGGACAAAGUAGCUGAACGGAAGACAGCGGGUACCACAAUCAAAGAAGAUGUUGCCAGCCUCUUCGACAAUGCAGAGUUUGGAAUCUGGACAGAUUACGUGCGCGGUCUUUACGAGCCUGACGACCAAAAGGCAGAGGCCAUAAUGAUCGAAACGCUGACAACUUUCUACGGCGAUGGUAGGCUGGCCAAGAUGCUCUCCAGAGCAAAGCGGAUCGAUGAAACCGAGAACCUGGCCACGCGUUUGCUGGAGGCGCAGUUAAAGAACUGGCUGAACAGAGAUGUCACGCCGAAGCAGGUCCACGUCUGGAUGAGAGUUCGAAGACAGACGAUGGACGAACAAGAGAUUGCAUGGUUAGUGGAGUACACCAAGGAUUACGCAAAUCUAAACCCUGUGUAG